AUGGCUCCCGCGAAUAACAAACACAAAGACACGUCUUCUCGUCACCGUUCUCAUAAAGGCUGCUGGACAUGCAAGAGAAAACGAAUCCAAUGCGAUGAAACUCAGCCUGGUUGCCGAAAAUGCACGGAGCGAGGUCUCACCUGCGAAGGCUAUGGGAUUCGUCUUCGUUGGGGCGCUGGAAUCGCAUCAAGGGGUCGCUUCACCGGUGCCGAGAAACCCACCAAAGAAUCGAUACCACCACCCUCAAAACGAAGAUGGGAUCUUCGAACAAAGGGAGAGCAAAGCGAGGAAGGAGAUCAACAGGGUCAACCUAUGCUGCUCCUUGGACACACCCGCGAAACCCGAUCACUGAGUCUACUCAACCAACCUAUCAACGAGCGACCGACAGUUAAUAUUCUCAAUACUCCCUACGGGCAGGACCCAAGCGACUAUAUCGGAAUCAAGAAACACUUUGAACUCCCUGUAUCUGCGAGCAUGGUGAGAGACCCAGUUGAGCUAUUUACCGGGCCUCAAAUGUCCCAAUACGAAAAAGGCAUGCGAAGAUCGGCGAUCAUAGCUUAA